AAGUUGUUUGUAGGUAUUUAAUAAAACAUUUUAACGAAACUAUAGUUUAGUUGCGCGAGAAAUGUCAAACGCCAUGGACAGAUUAAAGUUAAUCGCUGAAAUUCGGCAGAGACCAGUAUUGUGGGAUUUUCAAAGCAUCGAGCAUAAAUCACGCGAAUAUGCCCCAGAAAUGUGGAGAGAUGUGGCUCAGAUUAUGGGAACAGAUGUUGAUGAAUGCAAGCGUAAAUGGAAAAAUUUAAGGGACGCUUAUCGGGCAGAAGUUAAACGUAUUGAGUUACGCAUCGAAAGAGAUCUGUUAAAGGGCUCAUAUGAUACCAACGCUGAAUAUAGUAGUAAGUGGGCUUUCUUUGAAGCCAUGAAAUUUAUUGAGGACUCCAAAAGGCCACGUCGCAGUAGAGUUAACGAAAAUCCAAAUUUAUCUUCUAAUGACAAUUAUAAUGACGACAAUGACUCUGAUCAAUUUGCACAAUUUCAUAAUGUGGAGAGUAUUAAAUUGGAACCAGAUGCUGAAAUGGACACAGAUGUGUAUUUGUUGGACGACGAAGAUGAUGACAAUAAAACUCAAAUGUAUAGUGAACAACUAUUAAGGGAAGCCGAACAAAUACAAAGAAAUAAAUCCCCUCAAUCAAUACCCGGACAAAAUUCACCACAAAAGCAAAAUCAAGCACAGAAGGAUAGACCAACGUCUACACAUUGUAAAUGUACUAAACGCUCUUAUGAUCAGGUGCAUUUCUUGGAAGAUCUCGAAAAGGAGGAGCAAAAUUUAAUGAAAUCCACACGUUUGGAUAUAACACGUACCAAUGAUUUGGGUCAUGUUGGCGAUUCCGACUAUAAUUUCUUGGUUAGUUUUUUGCCGCAAAUGAAAAAGAUGAGCGAUUUGCAAAACUUACAGUUUCGUGCAAAAAUUACUGAUGUAGUUUUGAAUAUUAUGUCGCAAUCUAUGGCAAACGUUACAAUAUCUGUUUCCUCAUCGCACAAUAAUCAUUCAUAGUCUAAUAAUCAUUCAUAGCUUAAUUUGUGUAAGAAAUUUAAUUUUAUUUUGUUAAUAUCAGUUUUUAAGACAUACUUGCAUAUUUCAAUAAUAAAUGACUAUAAAUAUAUAUA